UGAGUGUGUUCAUGUGCAUGCGUGUGUGUUUGAUCAUUUACCUGUGAUUGAGAAAGCAACAGCAGGACCUUGGAGUGUGUGUUUAUAACAGAGCACACAGGAGGAUCACCGACAUGGAGAAGCAGUUAACAGGUACUCUGGCUCUGGCUGUGUGUGCUGCUGCUCUUGGUUCUCUACAGUUCGGAUAUGGGAUUGGAGUUAUAAAUGCACCACAGAAGGUCAUCAAAGAGCACUAUGCGCGCACACUCGGCUUUCCAGGCUUUGAUGAACAUGAUAACGCUACACUACCUGACGGUGAUGACGCGCAGAAGUCCACUCUGACCAUGUACUGGUCUUUAUCGGUGGCCAUGUUUCCUGUUGGAGGAAUCAUCUCCUCCUUCCUGGUGGGAUUCGUAGCUGAUUUCAGAGGAAGGGUUAAAGGCAUGCUGGUGAUGAACAUUCUCUCUGUGGUUGCCGGUCUUCUCAUGGGUUUGGCUAAAAUGGGAUAUCCACACAUCAUGGUGAUCACGGGACGCGCCAUCAUGGGCUUCUACUGCGGUCUCUCGUCUGGACUCGUUCCGAUGUACAUCGGUGAAAUCGCUCCAGUGAAGUACAGAGGUGCGUUAGGAACGGCGCACCAGCUCGCCGUUGUCACUGGCAUCCUUAUCAGCCAGGUCCUGGGUCUGGACUUCCUGUUAGGGAACGAUGAGCUGUGGCACGUGCUGCUGGGCUUCUCUGGAGCCAUCGGAAUUCUGCAGAGUUUGUUGCUGCCAUUGUGUCCUGAGAGUCCGAGAUACCUGUACAUCAAACUGGGCAAGAAGGAGGAGGCGUGCAAAAGUUUAAAGCGUCUAAAGGGAGAAUACGACACGUCGAAGGACAUGGCAGAAAUGCAGGCAGAGAAAGAGGAGGCCAUGAAAGAGGCCAAGGUUUCAAUAUGGCGUCUUCUACGAGCAGAGCAGUAUCGCCAGCAGCUCUUCGUGGCUCUGACGCUGCAUCUGUCGCAACAGUUCUCCGGGAUUAACGCUAUCUUUUAUUACUCCACCUCCAUUUUCCACACGGCCGGAGUCGCUCAGCCCGUCUACGCCACCAUCGGGGUCGGAGUCGUAAACACAGUCUUCACACUGCUCUCAGUGGUUCUAGUGGACCGGGCCGGGAGAAAAACCCUGCUGUUAAUCGGGUUCGGUGGAAUGUGUGUGUGUGCAAUGGGAAUGACCAUCGGACUGGUUAACCUGAACAAGUACACCUGGAUGAGUUACCUGAGCAUGACGGCCAUUUUUCUGUUUGUGAGCUUCUUUGAAAUCGGACCAGGUCCUAUCCCGUGGUUCAUAGUGGCUGAACUGUUUAGUCAGGGUCCGCGACCUGCUGCCAUCACGCUCGCCGGAUUCUGCAACUGGACCUGUAACUUCAUCAUCGGCAUGUGUUUCCCUUACAUAGAGAAACUCUGUGGCACGUAUGUCUUCAUCAUCUUCAUGCUUCUCCUGGCUGGAUCCACCAUCUUCACGUUUUUACGAGUUCCUGAGACUAAAGGCAAAACCUUCAAGGAAAUCGCGGCAGUGUUUGAGAAGCAUCUUGCCGCAUCCCAGGCCGAGGUGGAGACGGAGCUGCAGCAGCUCAAAACCUCAUCGGAGGCCUGAAGUCUGGUUACAUUAAUCUCAACUUCCUAAAUUAUGGACAGGCAGAGAUAAUAAAAACAGUCUGAAUGAUGUUUUAUCCCAGGGAGAAGCACCGCAGACGGAGUGCUAAUGCUAACACAAAUGCCUGUUACUUAGAACUUUCAUUUAAAUCAAUAUACAGUAAUGUCAAUUAAUUUUUUAUUUUAUUACACAGAAACUCUGCGUUGCUGAAAUUGUUAUGAUUAUAAAUAUAUUAUUAUUUAACAAAGAUUAACGGUCUCUGGAAGGAGUCUCCAGUGUCAGUGUCCAGAGAGUCGGACCUGCCUCAGCAUCUCUACUGUUAAAACUAUUUAACCUAAUGUUAUGUUUGGUUUAUUGCAUUACUCUUUUAACAGAUAUUUAAAGGACAGCAGCAAAAACUGCCCUCAAAUAACUUUUAUUCAUUACAGCAACAGUAUUAUUUGUGUAGUUGUGAAUAAGCUAACAAUAAAUCAACAAUAAACUGUUAGUGUUCUUUAUAA